GAAACUCGAAUUCAUUUCUUCCUGUAAACCCUAAAAUGAUGCACUCCUUGAAUCGGAUUGCCAAAUCCUUCACAAACCCAUCCAUCAAUUCAAUUCACUCAAAAUAUGUUAAACCUCGCUUGAAUCCCACCACCCUUCUGAAAUCCCUUUCUACUAAACCCCCUCAAAACCACAAAGACGACUCCUGGAACGACGCCUGGGAGACUGCUUGGCUUCCCGAUGACGUUUCUCCCAAGAACAGAGCUCCUUGGGAAGCUGACGUUAACUUCCCUUCCAGUGAAGACUCGACUAAAUUGGCGCUUUCAUCGGACGUCGAUGCAGAAACCAAGGCCUUCGUUGAAGACAUGAAUGAGAAUUGGAAUGAGAGACGAAAGUCACCCAAGCAGAGGCACAAAGAGGAAGCGGAAAAGGAAAGUAAAGGGUAUGGUGGUGGGUUGUAUAGUUUGGAGAACAUAAAGAAAGAUUAUAGGUUGAAGAAACAGAGAAUCCAUGCUGGGUUGUGGAUGAAGGAGAUUGCCAAAUUGGAAGAAGCUAAAUUGGGCGAUUCCGCCGAUGAUAUCGAUAGAUUGCUUGAUAGUUGCUCUGAGAUCUUUGACUCUGCCAAUGCUGACUUGGAGAACUCAAAAAUCCCAAGCUCUUCUGAGUUAAAAAACAAGCCUGAUGGUUGGGAAACAACGUCAAAAGCUCCUGAUGGAAACGUGUGGGAGAUGUCACAGAGGGAAGAAGAUAUUCUCCUCCAAGAAUUUGAUCGUCGAAUAGCAUACUGUAAAUUCCAGGUAGCUAGUUUUAUCAAGACUCACAUAUUUAGCCGGAGGAGACCUAUUGAUGGGUGGAAAUACAUGAUAGAGGAGAUAGGACCUAAUGCAAGGAAAGGCAAGGGCAGUGUUUCAAGGUUACCGAGUUUAUCAGACUCAUCGACACAACCAUUCAAGGAGGAGAAGUUAGAAAUUGAAAGCGGUAUGUCUCGCACGAAGAGAAGGUAGUUUGAUUAACAGAUAUUUGUGUUUAACAUUGGAUUACAUUUUAUAGAAUAACAUGAGAGUUGUAAGUGAGCUCCACUAGGCAAGAUGAUGUAUGUCUCAACUCUCUUGCAAUUGUAAUGAAUUCUUGAGAACAUCACUCGCUUCCAUCCUUUCACACUAGGAUUACUUGUUGACCCUGAAUACAAUAGCAAGGUGACGAAAAAUAAUUUUUAGUAGUUCAAAUGUAUUAGAUUUCAUGUUCUUAUCUCUCUAAUAUAAUAUGUUUGAUCUUCUUUUCA